GAAUCCGCCAUAUUCAAACUUCCGUCGUGCAGCGUCUGUUUUCAUCCGCUGCUUUCUUUGUACACAUCGGUCCACUUUUCAUCCGUGUGGACUCUGCUUUCUCUCGACUCAUUCGCAGCUAUACCUUGGCAAAACUGUAAUCGAACAGAAUCCCGUUUGAAAAUGGAAGAAAGCGAGGAAGUUAUGGAGAAAACAGCGGAAAGUAAGAGGCAGAGUCUUCGCAGGGUGUCAUCGAGGACUUCAACAACCAGUAUUAUCAGCGCUGCCGAGCCGUCUCCGAAGACCCUGCGGAGAAAUAACUCCAGAAAACCUCCGCUGCAAAGAGGCAGCUCCUUCACUUUUCUCACUCCGGGCACUCCGUGGGACUUCAGUUUAAAAAGAAAGCGCAAAGAGAAGGACGACGACACGGUCAGUCUGUCCAGCUUCGACCUCAAGGAACCCACCAACAAGCGUGUGCGACCUCUGGCCAAAGUUUCAUCCCUUGUGAAUCUGAUUUCUCCUUCAAAGAACGUUCGGCGCUUUGGACAGACCAUCCAGUCGAUGUCGCUACGUGGCGACUCCAAGUCCCCCGGGUUGUCGCUCAAAGCUGGCAGCAAGGCUUCGGGUCCGACUCCCACCAAGCGCAGGAGCAGCGUGCUGUGGUCGGAGACGCUGGACGUCCACCAGAAGAGCUCCUUCUCCACCAAAGAGAUCAAGAGACAGGAGGCGAUAUUUGAACUUUACCGAGGAGAGCAGGAUCUCAUCGAGGAUCUGCAGCUCGCACGAAAGGCAUAUCAUGACCCGAUGCUGAAGCUCUUAAUCAUGACGGAGGAGGAACUGGCUCACAUUUUUGGGGACCUGGAUGCAUACAUUCCUCUACAUCAGGAAUUACUGAUGAAGCUGACGGAGGAAACCGGCCCUGAUGGAACAGUAGAUCAGAUUGGACAGAUUGUAAUAGACUGGCUGCCUGGUCUGAAAGCCUACAAAAACUACUGCAGCAACCAGCUGGCGGCCAAAGCGCUGCUGGACCAGAAGAAGCAGGACAAGCGUGUCCAGGACUUCCUGCAGCGCUGCCUGGAGUCCCCCUUCAGCAGGAAGUUGGAUCUGUGGAGCUUCCUCGACAUCCCCCGCUCCCGCCUGGUGAAAUACCCGCUGCUGCUGCGAGAGAUCCUCAAACACACUCCGCCCGACCACCCCGACGUGGCCAGUCUGGACCGGGCCAUCACAAUAAUUCAGGAGAUUCUUUCGGAUAUCAACAUGAGAAAGGGGGAGUCUGAGUGUCAGUAUUACAUCGAUAAGCUGGAGUUCCUGGAUGAGAAGCAGCGGGAUCCUCUCAUCGACGACUGUAAGGUGCUGCUCUGUCACGGCGAGCUGCGCAACAAGAGCGGCUCGAGGCUACACGUCUUCCUCUUCUCCGAGCUUCUGGUUCUGACGCGACCGGUGACGCGCAACGACCGGAGCUGCUUCCAGGUGUACCGGCAGCCCAUCCCGGUCCGGGACCUGGCUCUGGAGGACCUGCAGGACGGCGAGAUCCGCAUGGGGGGGUCCUUCAGAGGGGCUUUCACUAAUGGAGAAAAAGCUAAGAAUGUUUUCCGCGUGAGUUCUCUGGAUCCCUCCCAUGGCCAGUCCCACACACUGCACGUCAGCAACGUCUACCACAAGCAGCAGUGGCUCAACGGCCUGCGCACCGCCAUGGCUCAGCAGCACGGGGCUCCGGCUCAGCCGAGGGAGUCCGUCCCAGAGAAGCACCGCUCCCCGUCUAUCUCGGCCGCCAUCUGCGACGCGGAGACGGACGAGAACUGCCCGCCCCCGAGCGCCGGCCCUAAGCUCCGGCCCCAGACACUCUCCAAAACCAGACUGGACCAGAAGUUACAAGGCUCGCUUAGGAGGAAGGAAACUGGAGUGUAGACAUUUCACCAGAGCUUCCUUUCAGGCAGACACAUGCUCCUGGCUCGUGUCCCGAUUGCUCACUUGUAAUUUCUCCUGCAAACCACUAUAUGGCUCUUCAGCUUGUACCUUUAUAACUGCACUGAAAAAACUUCCCAAUCAUUUCCGUCCUUAUGUUUAUUAUCGGAUUUUAGUCUGUAAAAUGUCAUUAGUUUACAAAAGGUGACGUCUGCCAGGGUGGCGGAUGUGUUUACACCACCUACAUUCAUGUGAAAUUAGGGAUAUCGUUUGGUCUUGAGACCAUUUUAGAUCUCUUGUAGCGUUUGUGUUUCACUCUAUGAUUGAUGUCCUGCCAUGUAAUUUAGGCCUGAACAGCAACAUGAUGUCUGUUGACCUCUCUCUCUCUCUCUCUGUGUCUUCUGUGCCAAGUUAAGGGAACAAGAAAACUGAAAAAAAAAAAAAAAAGUGAUGUUUCAACCUCAC